AUGGCAGAUUUCAAAGUAAUCCUGCUCGAGUUACUUUCGAAUAUUGCUAGAAAAUUAAAAUAUGAGCCAGCCGAGACUACAGUCAAGGUUAUAUCCAGCGAAGGAGCGAACUACACCAGCGAGCUGUUCGAAGCCACAAUAUCAGCUGUAGGCAAAGAUGAUCUCAACGUAUUUGCAAAAGUAGCGUCCAUGAGUAAAGAAAUCAGAGCGAUGAAGACAGGUAACGUAUACGCAGCAGAGAUAUACGUUUAUGCAGAGCUAUUAAAGAAAUUUAAGGAUUUGGAAGCAAGAUAUAAUGUUCCAGAACAACAUAGACUGAACACACCUACUUUUUACGGAGCGAACGACGAGUACAUGAAGGAGACGCUAGUUUUAGAAAACUUGACGCUAAAAGGAUAUGAAACAUACGAUAGGUUUAAGGCAAUCAACUGUGAGUACGCUUCAGAAUGUAUAAAGCAGCUGGCGAUAUUUCAAGCUCUUUCAAUAGCAUUAUUUAAAUACGAUCCUAAAAAGUUCGAAAGGACGAAAACGAUGCUAUCCUCGGUGUACAAUUUUAAAGACUUGGCGGGUAUGAUAAAAGGCAUACUAGAUAAUGCUCUAAAAAUAGUUAAGCCAGAAAAUAAGGCACGGCUAGCUGCAUUUACCCAGGCGAGAGUAGAUUUAAACGAUUUCGAAGAGUUUUUGAAACCUGUAAAGCGUUUGGUGUUAGUACACGGGGACUACAAAGUUUCCCCUGUGGACUAUCAGGCUGCCCGCCAUGGUAAUCCUAUAACAGAUUUGUUGUUCUUCAUAUUUUCGGGCUCCGACAAAAAAUUCAGGGCUCGACACUUUAAGAGCUCAAUAGAACUUUACUAUGAAGAACUUUGUAACGGCUUGCAAAGACUGGGCGUAGACCCUAACGAACUUCUUCCGUAUGGUCUAAUAGUGGGAGUGUUUAUUCUACCGGUGGUGACUGUAGAGCCAGAAAAAGCACCAAAGCCUCAAAAACUGUCCGAUGUAAACAUAGAACCAAACACACUAUAUAAGGAGAGACUCAACGACAUAGUGGAGGACUUUAUAGAAAUGGGAGUCAUAUGACCACAAGGGUUUUGAAGACAGAAUAGAAG